AUGAAGGUCAACCAGUUCUUGCUUUUCUAUUGCUUUGCCCGCGCCGUUUCAGCGGCUGGUUCCCACAGAUGUAAGCCGCGGCAGCCCACAGCAGCUUCUUCUGGGGCCGCGGCUGUGUCUGGAACAGUGACUUCUUCUAGAACGGCGACUGCUUCCAGUACAGUGACUGCAUCUGGAACAGCCACUGUUGCCCUCGACUCGGCGUCUGGCCCAGCGGCGUUCAUUGCCAACGGAGUCCAUAACGGUAUCCCACCAAAUGACUUCUCUGCCUAUGUGAAGGGUACACCUCCUGCAAAGGCAGCGGUACAAACCCAAAUUCCAGACCACUUCUUCGCCGAUAUCAAGCUUCAAAAUGCUCGUGGUGGCCAAGGAAACCUCCCCAAGCCAAGUCGCGGAUGGAUGUACGGUAAGGAAGAGUAUAAGAACCGUUUUCGUGCGUUUCAUUCCGAUUACCUGACCACCCGCAAAUUUGGUGGAAAUUAUACCUUGAUGCUUGGAAACCUCUUCGGACAACGCAACAAGACUUCUCCGCACCCUGGAGAUGGUGGGGAUUGGGCCUCGUGGGAUGAGUUCGUCACAACAAUUUGCUCGGAUCUCAUUGAAAAUGACAUCCUGGAUGGCCUUGAUAUUGAGGUCUGGAACGAGCCUGACAUUCAGUUUUACAACUAUACACCUUGGCUACAAGUUUGGGGCAGAGCUUUCUAUCAACUCAAAGCAAAACUCCCGUCAAAGGUUCGAGUUGUCGGCCCCGGGCUCGCCAAACCCCCAGCGGAUACCGCAUAUUGGACCAAAUGGCUGGAUUUCGUCCAAAAGAAUGGGAGCGUCCCCGACGCCUACACCUACCAUCACUUGCUUACGGGAACUGAUCCAGCCAUCAGCUAUCCUAUUUUCCUCGAGCAACUUUCAAGCAGACAUCUCCCAGUACGUCCGGUCUACGUAAACGAGUUCGGAGGACCAGCUGAGCAGAAGCCCUCCUAUGACGCAUGGUUCAUUUCUCGGUUCGAACGGCUCCAUCUCUGGGCUGCCCGGGCUAAUCGGGAAAGCACAGCGGAGACCACGAAUGACUAUCUGGCAAAUACUCUCGCGAAGAAGGAUAACACCUACAGCCCAACAGGUUCAUGGUGGGUUAUGGCAUAUUACGCAAACAUGACUGGAACACGCCUCCAUACAACCCCGUCUAAAGACGGUGAUUUCGAUGUCUUUGCCGUGAGCUCUGGCAAGGGAAUCGGGAGUACUAAGAUCCUGGCUGGGUCGCAUGGCACCAUCAAUCCUUACCGAUUGGCGGUCACCAACAUCUCGUCCAAAGGGUAUCCAUCUUCCGGGGAACUCGAAGUGACCAUUAAAGAGUUCUCUUGGAAUGGCUUGCAUGGAGCCACCCCGUCGCCAAAGAUACAUUCAAGAACCAAAACGCAAGUCAAGAACGACCAGAUGUUUGUAAAUAUCAAACCAUCUAACGGCUCAUUUGCUUAUGCCUUCGAGUUCUAA